CUUCUGAUCAUUGAAUCGUUGAACGCCACGAGCCCUCUCUUUUCCGAGGAGAACGAGCUCGUCCAGUUUCAACAAACCCAGAAUUGUUGAGGGUAAUACACCCUCCGUUCCAUUCUCAUGCUUUCCAUUCAUCCACCCCCCAAACCAUGGCCAAAACCCAAACCUCCUUCCUCUCCUCGCCUCCCACAAAUCUCAGCAUCCUCCUCCCGUCCCAACCCACCGGAAAACCCGUCCGCUUCCUCUCCAUCCUCGUCAGUAGGCAAAGUCAAACGCCUCGUCCUCGCCAGCGAAGGCCGGACCAAGCUCAACACCCUCCCGGACCGAGACUUCUACUCCUACCCUCGCUUCGUGACCCACGUCGACGAUGGCUUCAUCUCGACGCUAACUGAUCUCUACCGAGAGAAGUUGGCCCCUGGGUGGGAGAUUCUGGACCUCAUGAGCUCCUGGGUCAGCCACCUGCCAAACGAGGUGGAGUACAAGAGGGUGGUGGGCCAUGGGCUCAAUGCCCAGGAGAUGGCCAAGAAUCCAAGAUUGGACCAUUUUUUCGUCAAGGAUUUGAACCAAGAUCAGGAGCUCCAGCUUGAGAGCUGCAGCUUUGAUGCUGUGCUUUGUACGGUGAGUGUGCAGUAUCUCCAGUGGCCGGAGAAGGUACGCUGUCUUCUUGCCUCAUCUACUAAAGAUUUUCAUUUAAUUCUGUAA